AGAUGUUGCUGUUUUUCUCCUGAUGGUAAAGCUUUAGCUGUAGGUCUCAAUGAUGGAGGCUUCUUCAUGGCAAAUGCAGAUACUCUAGAGGAUCUGGUGUCGUUUCAUCACAGAAAAGAUACUAUUUCGGAUAUUAGAUUUUCACCUGGUUCUGGGAAGUAUCUUGCUGUAGCAUCCCAUGACAGCUUUGUAGAUAUAUACAACGUAAUGAGUAGUAAACGAGUAGGAAUAUGCAAAGGAGCUACCAGUUACAUAACCCACAUUGACUGGGAUAUUCGAGGAAAGCUUUUACAAGUCAACACUGGUGCUAAAGAACAGUUAUUCUUUGAAGCUCCCAGAGGAAAAAAACAAACCAUCCCCAGCAUGGAGGUAGAAAAAAUUACUUGGGCAUCAUGGACAAGUGUGCUUGGCUUAUGCUGCGAGGGAAUCUGGCCGGUCAUUGGAGAAGUCACAGAUAUCACUGCUUCUUGCCUCACCAGUGACAGAAUGUUCCUAGCUACUGGGGAUGAUUUGGGAUUUGUGAAGUUAUUUAGAUUUCCUACUAAAGGAAAAUUUGGAAAGUUUAAGAGGUAUGUGGCCCAUAGUACACAUGUCACAAAUGUUCGCUGGACUUAUGAUGACAGCAUGUUGGUUACCCUAGGAGGGACGGACAUGUCUCUAAUGGUGUGGACAAAUGAGAUGGAGGGAUAUCGAGAAAAAAGGCUUUGCGAUAGUGAAGAAUCUGACAUUGAUUCUGAAGAAGAUGGCGGCUAUGACAGUGAUGUUACCAGAGAGAACGAAGUCAGUUACACCAUCAGAGCCUUAUCCACAAAUAUUCGUCCAAUGUUUGGAAUCAAGCCUCAUUUGCAACAAAAAGAACCCUCAAUUGAUGAGAGGCCUCCUGUGAGCCGGGCCCCACCACAGCCAGAGAAACUCCAGACAAACAAUGUUGGCAAGAAAAAAAGACCCAUAGAGGACCUGGUGCUGGAGCUUGUUUUUGGUUAUCGAGGGAGAGACUGCAGGAAUAAUGUUCACUAUUUAAAUGAUGGUGAUGACAUCAUUUAUCACACUGCAUCUGUUGGAAUUCUGCACAAUGUUGCUACGGGUUCUCAGAGUUUUUAUCAGGAACAUAAUGAUGAUAUUCUGUGCCUCACUGUAAAUCAGCACCCCAAAUUUAUCAACAUAGUGGCAACUGGCCAAGUAGGUGAUUCAGCAGACAUGUCAGGUACAGCUCCUUCCAUCCAUAUCUGGGACGCAAUGAACAAGCAGACUUUAUCUAUCCUACGAUGCUACCACUCUAAGGGUGUAUGUUCAGUCAGUUUCAGUGCUACUGGCAAGCUGUUGCUGUCUGUGGGACUAGACCCAGAGCAUACUGUUACCAUUUGGAGAUGGCAGGAAGGUGCCAAAAUUGCUAGUAGAGCUGGUCACGAUCAGCGCAUUUUUGUGGCAGAAUUCCGCCCAGAUUCAGAUACGCAGUUUGUUUCUGUGGGAGUGAAACACGUGAAGUUCUGGACCCUGGCGGGGAGGGCUCUGCUCAGCAAGAAAGGGCUGCUGAGUGCCCUGGAGGAUGCCCGGAUGCAGACCAUGCUGGCUGUGGCAUUUGGUGCAAAUAACUUGACGUUUACAGGUACCGUCAGUGGGGAUGUCUGUGUGUGGAAAGAGCACGUAUUGUGCAGGAUCGUGGCGCGUGCUCAUAACGGGCCCGUGUUCGCCAUGUACACCACCCUGCGAGACGGCCUCAUUGUGACAGGGGGCAAGGAAAGGCCGUCAAAAGAAGGAGGAGCAGUUAAACUGUGGGACCAGGAACUGCGACGGUGCCGUGCCUUCAGGCUUGAGACAGGACAAGUCACAGAUUGUGUCCGUUCUGUGUGCAGAGGCAAAGGCAAGAUACUGGUUGGGACAAGGAAUGCGGAGAUCGUUGAAGUUGGAGAGAAGAACGCAGCAUGUAAUAUUCUAGUUAAUGGGCAUUUGGAUGGACCAAUAUGGGGACUAGCAACACAUCCUUCCAGGGACUUUUUCCUUUCUGCUGCAGAAGAUGGGACAGUGAGACUCUGGGACAUUGCUGAUAAAAAGAUGCUGAACAAAGUGAAUCUGGGACACGCUACACGGACUGUGUGUUACAGCCCCGAAGGGGACAUGGUGGCUAUUGGGAUGAAAAAUGGAGAGUUCAUUAUUUUACUUGUGAGCUCUCUAAAAAUAUGGGGCAAGAAGAGAGACAGACGGUGUGCGAUCCAGGACAUCAGAUUUAGUCCAGAUUCCCGGUACCUGGCAGUGGGUUCUAGUGAGAACUCAGUGGAUUUUUAUGACCUAACGUUAGGUCCCACCCUCAACAGAAUCAGCUACUGCAAAGACAUUCCAAGCUUUGUCAUCCAAAUGGACUUCUCUGCAGAUAGCAGAUAUCUCCAGGUCUCCAGUGGCUGCUAUAAACGGCAUGUCUACGAAGUGCCUUCAGGAAAACACCUUUCGGACCAUGCCACUAUUGACAGAAUCACUUGGGCCACGUGGACUAGUAUUUUAGGCGAUGAAGUGAUGGGAAUCUGGUCUCGACACGCUGAGAAAGCUGAUGUCACCUGUGCCUGUGUGUCUCACUCAGGAAUCAGCCUCGUCACGGGAGAUGACUUUGGCAUGGUUAAGUUAUUUGACUUCCCAUGUCCUGAAAGAUUUGCAAAGCACAAAAGGUUUUUGGGCCACUCAUCCCAUGUGACAAAUAUCCGCUUUACCAGUGGUGAUCGCCAUGUUGUCAGUGCUGGAGGUGAUGACUGCAGUUUAUUUGUUUGGAAAUGUGUACAUAUGCCUCACUGAGAGAUGAUGCUGAGAACACACCUGAGUCACAGAGGAGAGAAACCAAAACCAAAUUCUGCAUGGUCAAGUGGUGCUAACCUAAGACUGUAACAGGGAGAGAUGCCCAGAAUCAUCACUGGAGUAGAAGACUGCUCAAUUCCAAAUGUUGGCCAUAUGCACUGGACACACCCUCAACCCAUAGACACUGCCAGAGAA